ACACGAGAAUUCUCCAACACUAUACAAUGCCAACAUUGCUCCUUUUCUCAUAGCUCCUCAAAAUCAAAAAAUCCUCCGACUAAACCAGACAAUAAAAGAAACUUAUUGAGUCAAACGACGUUGUUUGCAUAGUGGAGCAAUGGGGUGGAGCGGCGCGGCGGCGAAGGCGUGCGAUUCGUGUAAGGCGGCGGUGGCGGCGGUGUUCUGCCGAGCGGACAGGGCGUUCCUUUGCUUGAGUUGUGACGCCAAGAUCCACUGCGCCAACAGGCUGGCGUCGCGCCACGAGCGCGUGUGGAUGUGCGAGGUCUGCGAGCAAGCCCCAGCCGCUGUCACCUGUAAGGCCGACGCCGCCGCCCUUUGCGUCUCUUGCGACGCUGACAUCCACUCCGCUAAUCCCCUCGCUCAGCGCCACGACCGCGUCCCCAUCGAGCCUUUCUUCGACUCUGCAGACUCCAUCGUCCGCUCCUCCGCAGCCCUCAACUUCUUUUCCGGACCGGGCGCGUGUGACAACAACCACAAUGAUGACGGUAGCGGCGGCGGCGCGAAUCGGAACCUCGAAACCUCCUCCUGGAUCCUCUCUAACAACAAGCUCAUUGACGGACCAGAUGUGAAAUCCGCCGGUGAAAUCUUCUUCUCAGAAAUGGAUUCCUUCCUCGACGUCUUGGAUUACUCCGGUAAUCCGAUUCACACUAGCUCCGGCACCGAUAGUGUUGUUCCGGUGAAAAUCAAACCGGUUUCUCCUUCUCCGAUGAUCAACCAAUCGGAGAAUUGCUUCGACAUCGAUUUCUGCAGAUCGAAGCUCUCAUCCUUCACAAAUGGCUUCAGCCACAGCGUCUCGUCAUCAUCGCUGGAUGUCGGAGUUGUUCCGGACGGGAACUCCUUAUCGGAAAUCUCUUACUCUUUCGGGCGAAACUUGAGCCAAAGUACCGGCGAUCCGAUUCCGAGCGUGCCGGCGUCGUCGAAUUCAAUGUCGACAGCGCCGCAGGCGACUCAACUCUGCGGAAUGGCCAGAGAAGCUAGGGUUUUGAGGUACAGGGAGAAGAGGAAGAACCGAAAGUUCGAGAAGACGAUCCGCUACGCCUCGAGGAAGGCUUACGCCGAGACUCGGCCGAGGAUCAAAGGCCGGUUCGCAAAGAGAACCGAAAUCGAGCUCGAUGCCGACGUCGACGCCGAUCAAAUCUACGGCGGCGCAGCUUUCUUUGCCGCCGCCGCAGACUCCCAAUACGGCGUCGUUCCAACGUUUUAACGAUGACGGAAAAAGUAAAAGGAAAAGAAAAGAAGACUUCGAUUGCGGUCCUGUACUUUGUUCUGAUCGGAUGAUUCUUGAUCUUGUUUAGAAUAAUUUAAUCGUACGGUGUUGGAAGUGUUAAUCAUAUGUGUCUUUCCGUCAAGAUUGCUACGUGAUGUCUUUUUUCCUGAUCGUAGAGUAAUAGCCGUCGAUCUACAGGAUCGUAUUGUGUAGCUGUAGCACCUGAAAAGCUCCCUCACCUCGGUCUUAAAACCUUGUUUAGUAUAUUGUUAUUUUUAUUUUUAUUUUUUUUUUAACUUUUUCAGGGGCCAAGGCCCAAGUGUAACUCUAUGUAUGCAAGCAUUCCACUUUCCC